AUGUCUUCAGGUUUUAACUAUUCUGACAGAUGCAUCAUUGUCACCGGGGGUAACCGCGGAAUUGGAUAUGCGUAUAGCUCCGCUCUCGCUCAGGCUGGUGCCCGAGUGGCAAUUAUCUACAGGAGCAACCCGAAUGCGGAUGAGGUCGCUCAGAAACUUCGGGACACAUACAAUGUCGAAGUCAGGGCUUACAAAUGCGACGUAUGCGAUGCUAAGCUCACAAACGAGGUGUUUGCUAAGAUCGAAUCCGACAUGGGUCCUGUCACAGGACUUAUUGCAAAUGCUGGCGUCUCGGUCUUGAAGCCUGCUCUCGAGCUGACCAGCGAGGACUUCAAACACGUUUACGGCGUCAAUGUCCUCGGUGUAUUCAACAGCGCCAGGGCUGCUGCAAAGCUUUGGAUCGAGAAGAAGCGGGAGAAGGGUUCGAUCGUUAUUACCUCCUCCAUGAGCUCGCAGAUCAUCAACCAAGCUGCGCCUGACAAGGCCUUGAAGCAGGCUUUCUACAAUUCAUCCAAGGCCGCCGUUUCCAAUCUUACCAAGGGGUUGGCCGCUGAGUGGGCUCCUCGCAUUAGAGUAAACGCCGUGUCUCCUGGUUAUGUGGAAACGGAUCAAACCAACCACAUGCCCCAUGAUAUCCGCGAUCAUCAGAAGGAAAAUAUUCCUCUGGAACGCUUCGCCAAGCCCCACGAGGUAACAGGUCAGGCGCUUUUGCUCCUGUCCGAGCAGGCCAGCUACAUGACUGGCGGAGAGUACUUCGUCGACGGCGGUCAACUCAUUUGGUAA